UGUUACGCAUGCGACCACUUCCUCCGGCUGGGAGUGGCCGCUCUAGGCAGCGGGGAGGUCGCCGGGUUGAGGGGGGUUGUGAAAGGAGAGCGGCCUCUCCUCUGUGGUCACGGGUCUGGGGCACUCUCCCCCUCAGUCUGUCUUGUUACUUCCGGUAGCGAAGCCUCUACGUCUUCCUCUGCUCCCGCAGGGGUCUGGGCUGAGAAUAAUGGCCCGGUUGGCACGGGACGAGUGUAACGAUUAAUGAUGUUUUGCAGCAGUUUUCUACGUCUGAAAUUUUUUAUGACUCUGGAACCCAGAAUUUGCUAAAAGAUGGAGGAACCUCAGAAAAACUAUCUGAACACAAUGGACCUUGAGAACGACGAACCUCUCAAAAGCACCGGCCCUCAGAUUUCUGUUAGUGAAUUUUCUUGCCACUGCUGCUACGACAUCCUGGUUAACCCCACCACCUUGAACUGUGGACACAGCUUCUGCCGUCACUGCCUUGCUUUAUGGUGGGCAUCUUCAAAGAAAACAGAAUGUCCAGAAUGCAGAGAAAAAUGGGAAGGUUUCCCCAAAGUCAAUAUUCUCCUCAGGGAUGCCAUUGAAAAGUUAUUUCCUGAUGCCAUUAGAAUGAGAUUUGAAGACAUUCAGCAGAGUAAUGACAUAGUCCAAAGCCUUGCAGCCUUUCAGAAAUAUGGGAAUGAUCAGAUUCCUUUAGCUCCUAACACAGGCCGAGCGAAUCAGCAGAGGGGAGGGGGAUUCUUUUCCGGUGUACUCACAGCUUUAACUGGAGUGGCAGUGGUCCUGCUCGUCUAUCACUGGAGCAGCAGGGAAUCUGAACACGACCUCCUGGUCCACAAGGCUGUGGCCAAAUGGACGGCAGAAGAAGUUGUCCUCUGGCUGGAGCAGCUGGGCCCUUGGGCCUCUCUUUACAGGGAAAGGUUUUUAUCUGAACGAGUAAAUGGAAGGUUGCUUUUAACUUUGACAGAGGAAGAAUUUUCCAAGACACCAUAUACCAUAGAAAACAGCAGCCACAGGAGAGCCAUCCUCAUGGAGCUAGAACGUGUCAAAGCAUUAGGCGUGAAGCCCCCGCAGAAUCUCUGGGAAUAUAAGGCUGUGAACCCAGGCAGGUCCCUGUUCCUGCUAUAUGCCCUCAAGAGCUCCCCCAGGCUGAGUCUGCUCUACCUGUACCUGUUUGACUACACCGACACCUUCCUACCUUUCAUCCACACCAUCUGCCCUCUGCAAGAAGACAGCUCUGGGGAGGACAUCGUCACCAAGCUUCUGGAUCUUAAGGAGCCUACAUGGAAGCAAUGGAGAGAGUUCCUGGUCAAAUACUCCUUCCUUCCAUACCAGCUGAUUGCCGAGUUUGCUUGGGACUGGUUAGAAGUCCAUUACUGGACAUCACGGUUUCUCAUCAUCAAUGCUAUGUUACUCUCAGUUCUGGAAUUAUUCUCCUUUUGGAGAAUCUGGUCGAGAAGUGAACUGAAGACCGUGCCUCAGAGGAUGUGGAGCCAUUUCUGGAAAGUAUCAACGCAGGGGCUUUUUGUGGCCAUGUUCUGGCCCCUCAUCCCUCAGUUUGUUUGCAACUGUUUGUUUUACUGGGCCCUGUACUUUAACCCAAUUAUUAACAUUGAUCUUGUGGUCAAGGAACUCCGGCGGCUGGAAACCCAGGUGUUGUGACUGGCACUGCCCAGGCUGAGCCUCUUCAAGUCCCGCUGACGUCUGAGCUUUGAUGCUUAAGAGGGGUGAGGCAGGGAGCGGACUUCCUAUUUUCUAUCCCCAGUAAAACAAGGUGCUGCUUUGUACGUCAAACGCUCCAACCAUGUCCUCUCCCCUUCGGCCUGUGGGUGGCAUGAGCAGGGACUGAUAUCCGCGCAGGGAGGAUUGUCUAUUUGGCUGACACAGCAGCAGCCCUUCCCACCCAACCACCUUCCUCACAGGGACUAGGAGGCUCAGUCCCCAACGGCUGGCAAGACUCAGGGUCCUCAGUGGACAUGGUGUGGGUGACAUCAGAAGGGCGCCACAUCAGUCCCCUCCCCAACCUCAGUGACUAACAGAGGAUCCCAGAUCUCAGAGCCUGAGACCAGGCUUAUUGGGGCCUGGCCUGUCCUCUAAGUCAAGUUUAGGAAAACAAGGAUAAGAUUCUGUCAUAGGCACAGAGAGUUGCACAUAAAAAAUACCGAAGAAAACCCAAAAUUCAAUCAACAAUUCUGUCUUAUUGAAGAGUUGCUAGGAUUCAGAGUAAAACUCAAAGGAUUCAGUUUGAGCCUAGAAUGAUGGUUAGACUUGUAGUCACUGGGUUUUUGUUUUGCUUUAUGGAAAUCAUUGAAGGUCUGGAUCCCUUUCUCUGAAUGGAGAGAUUGAGAGGGAUGUCAGGCAAUUCCCAUUAGAUUAAGUGGCCUGCAUGUUAUUUAAAAUUGUUUUGGUGAUGCCUCACCCCUGUAAUCCCAGCACUUUGGGAGGGUGAGGCGGGCAGAUCACUUGAGGCCAGGACUUCGAGACCAGCUUGGCCAACAUGGUGAAACCUCGUCUCUACUAAAAAUAUAAAAAUUAGCCAAGUUUGGUGACAUACACCUGUAAUCCCAGCUACUUGGAAUUGGAAAUCGCCUGAACCCGGGAGGCGGAGGUUGCAGGGAGGGAGACUGCACCACUGAACUCCAGCAUGGGUGACAGAGGGAGACUCUGUCUUUAAAAAAAAAAAAAAAAAAAAAAAAUCAUUUGUAAAAUAAAUUCCAGGAUAGUCGUCUUGUUCAAGGAAAUAUUUUGUAAAUUGACCUCACACUGUAUAAUCUUUAUUGUCCUAUCCUGAUGUAUAAUACAGCAGGUACAAUUACAGCAAGUGCUAUAGUUAUAAAUAUGGAAUGAAGUGAACUAUGGCCUUUUAUUUUCCUUCCAGUGUGAACACAGCAGGUGUGAGAUGUCAUCUCGGAAGACUGGCGUUGCAGAAAUAGGCCUACAUCCAAAAUAUUCUCUAGUGACUCCAUGAACCACUCAUUAACCCUUUGUGUCUUUGAGUGAAGAUUUUACUCAAACGUUGCAUCUGGAAGUUUGAAGAAAUUACUUGAAAUAAAGAUUUUUAUACAGAUAAAACCU